CGACUUUUAUGUUCUACUUUCGUUUUGUCUCCAAGCAUGCUGAAGAUUUUAUGCAUCCAUGGAUACAGACAGAAUGACCAGAGUUUCAGAGAAAGAACUGGGGCAUUAAGAAAGGUUCUCAAGAAAUAUGCAGAUCUAGUUUUUAUAUCAGCUCCUAAUCAAGUGCCACCAUUAGAGGGUGCUGAGGAAGAAAAUGGAGCCACAAACAAUGCCGAUCAGCGAGGGUGGUGGUUCUCGGCUCCAGAUGACAGCUACAUGGCCCAGGACUACACAGAAUGUUGUAAGGGGUAUGAUGAGUCAGUGGAAGUCAUCAAAAAAGCCCUCAUAGAACAGGGCCCCUUUGAUGGUAUUCUAGCAUUCAGUCAGGGAGCGACCAUGGUAUCACUGAUCUGUGGCCUCAAAGAACAAGAGCCAGAUGGUCCGUAUCAAUUUGACUUUGUGAUACUUGUGGCAGGAUUCAAAAGUCGCCAGAAGCAACACGACAGUUUAUACCUCAAACCCAUAACCACUCCAUCCCUGCAUGUGUUUGGAGAUACAGACAAGGUCAUUCCCAAAGAGAUGAGCGAGGAUUUGUUGCAGUAUUUCGUGGAGCCCAAGGUUCUAGAGCAUGCCGGUGGUCACUUUAUCCCCGUAUCAGGACCACAGAAAAAGGCCUACAUAGAAUUCCUACAACCAUUCAUUGAUAAAAAGAAGGAGCAAGAGACUAAAUAACUGAGGAUUUCUAAGUCUUGUGAUUUUGUCAUUUCUCGUGUAUCUGUGUAUGUUUGAUUGUAUUUAUUUUUUUAAAUGUCUGUUACACGUCAGUGAUAAUGGCAUAAAUAAGUGAGAAAAAAUAUAA